UAUGUAUAUAUAUAUAAAUAUAUGUACAUACACUUCACACCCAUAUCUAUAUCUAUAUAUACAUCACAUCUCUUCCAUAAUUCUGUGUAAGUAAUAUUCUUAACCUCCAUAUACAAUGAGCAUGAGCAUGACCAAUCUUGUGUGGGCACUAAUCGUCUGCGCGGCACUUCUGUGCGCGCUAGUCGAGCCCUCGUCAUCUCCACCGUCCAUGCAGAACACGUACGCAGCUGCUGCCGCUCGUACGGCUGCGAUGUACUCGUACGACCAAGAAGCUGGGAUGAUGGAUUCGGAUAUUAGCCGAAGAAUAUUGGCGGGAUCUAAUAAUAAUAAUCAUUACAUCAGCUACGGCGCGAUCAGUAGGGAUUGGGUUCCGUGCCACGUGAGAGGGAGGUCUUACUACAACUGCAACACGCGCCAAAGAUCUAACCCUUAUACACGUGGCUGCACUAAAAUCACCCAUUGUGCCAGGAACAACCAUUGAUGCAUCUGUGUGUGUGUGUUCAAUAUUAUUAUUACAGGUUCGGUUGGGUUUUUUUUUUUAUUUAAAUUAAACGACGUCGUUCAGUGGAAGGCUGUUUUAAUUAUCUAAUUAAGUGUUUAUGUUGUUUGUCAUCAUGUAUUCGAGUUGAAUGGUCUGAAAGUGGAUUAUAUUUAUAUAUAAUUAUAUCUAUAUAUUAUUAA